UAGGGUUUCUUUCCUUCACAACAUGACGGACCAAAGCCUUUUCUCCAUCUCUUCCUCCUCCUUCUUGUUCUCCUCCUCCUCCUCCUCCUCCUCCUCCUCCUCCUCCUCCUCCUCCCCUCCUUCUUCAUCCCCUACUUCCGCCCUUGGGCCACCUCUUGGCUCAGUCCGUGGCCAAGAGCCCUGCUCCUUCCUGACCGCCACAGCAGACUCCAACAUCAUUUUGCACCAUUACAAUCUCACCGGGAGGCUGAGCAACCGGCGUCCCCAGGAAGACCACUUAGAUGCCCUCAAAAUCAUCAUCAUUGCCGCCAGCUGCCUCAUCAUUUUGGAGAACCUCGUGGUUCUGCUGGCCAUCGGGAAAGUGCGCAGCCGACGAUGGAUCUACUCUUGCUUAGCCAGCAUCUCCUCCAGCGACCUGCUGGCCGGCAUUGCCUACUUGAUCAACCUCUGCUUCUCGGGAAGCAGAACCUUCCAGCUCUCGCCCAACAUGUGGUUCCUUCGGGAAGGGAUCCUGUUCAUCGCCUUGGCAGCCUCCACGUUCAGCCUGCUGGUGACGGCGAUCGAGCGCUACAGCACCAUGGUGAGGCCUAUUGCCGAGAGUGAGUCCAGCAAGACCCUCCGCCUCCGGAGCCUCAUUGUUUUUUUCUGGGUCUUGGCCAUUGGGAUUGGCCUGCUUCCCCUGCUGGGCUGGAACUGCAUCUGCAACGUGGCUCGCUGUUCCACGCUGCUGCCCCUUUACGCCAAGAAUUACAUCCUCUUCUCCGUCAUCGUGUUCAGCAUCAUCCUGGUGGGCGUGGUGAGCCUCUACGUUUCCAUCUACUGCUGGGUCGGGAAAAGAGCCAAGCAAGGCUUCUCGAACGGCGGCCGCAAGAGGUCACUUCGCCUGCUGAAGACGGUGCUGCUGAUCCUCUUCACCUUCCUUGUUUGCUGGACCCCUCUGUUCGUCCUCCUGUUGAUCGACAUCUUUGACGGGAGCCAGGCCCUAAAGCUCCAAAAGAUAUUUGGCUGGAUCGUGACCUUGGCGGUGAUCAACUCGUUCGUUAACCCCAUCAUCUACUCCUUGACAAGCAAAGAGGUGAGGAGAGCCGUGGUGGAGCUUCUCUGCUGCUGCUGCAUCUGGGCCGGAUGGCAAGGUCCAGGCGGCUGUCUGGCCCCCAGCGAGCUCCCCCUGAGCUCUUCCACGGGGGUGGGGAGUUCCCUGAAGGUGCGCGAGAGCUUCCGCAGCCCGGUGCCGCAGAAGCGGAUGACCCAGAGAGAACCUCUUUCCAGCAACUCCAGCACGAUGAGUGCUUUGGUGGCCGAUGAUGGUCCAGGCCAGCCUUACUGGCAGGGUUAGAAGGUGCCCUUCUACAACAUCCUGAGACCUGGGAUGGUGGAUGACUGAAGUGCACGUGGGAGUUGCCCAGUCCAUCGCCCACUCAGGUUGACCAGUGGGUCAACCAGGGCCUGAAAUGCAAAGGGCACCCAGAUCCAACUGAGUCUUGCUUGGGCAACCUCCAUUUUGUGAGUUCUGGAGAGGUC